CGUCAUUUCUUAACACGUUUGGCUACGGUUUUUUAACAGGCCAUCGUGGCCUGUUCGUUUAAGCGGUUACGCAUCCUGGAAACGGGCGGCCUGCGCAAAUUCUGUCGUUAUGCAUCGGGAGGGUUCUGCCGUAGCUUCUAACGGUUUUCGUGAUCGCGAUUCUCCACGAGGGAGAAAAUACAGUCGCUCGCGUUCUCGUUCAAGGUCCUAUUCUCAUCGGUAUCGAAGCCGUAGCGACAGCCGGGAUUAUGGACGCCGUAGUCCUGGUUACGGAUAUCGCAGCGCGAAUCGUCGGCGUUACUUGGGCUCACGGGAGAAUGCUAAGCCUUCUCGAUGUCUCGGUGUUUUCGGACUAUCUCUGCACACGCAGGAGCGUGAUUUGUACGAUAUUUUCUCUCGCUACGGCCCAAUCGAUGAUGUUCAGUUAGUUUACGACAACUAUACGGGUCGUUCACGAGGUUUCGGCUUUGUGUAUUUCAAUCAUGUAUCAGACGCCAAAGCCGCAAAAGCGGAUGCGCACGGAAUGGAAGUGGAUGGGCGCCCGAUUCGAUGCGACUUCAGUAUCACUGAUAGGCCACAUUCACCUACGCCGGGUAUCUACAUGGGACGCCCCACAAGACGGGCUGGUCCACGAAGACGUAGUAUUUCUCGUGGUCGUUAUUCUCGCUCAAGAUCCCGCUCCCGCAGUUAUGAUCGUAAGUGAGCUCACGAACAACGCUUAAGGUCAACUCCCCACGUUCUUUAUGUCACAUUCAGCCGAAGACAAAUCGUUUGUGUCAAAUGCAUUUUCCACUUAGUUUUCGCCUGCCUAACCAAUAUGUUGCAUUGUUACCACCAUCUUCCCGCUGUAUGUACAAAUAAAGCACUGUUCCGCGAAUGUCGUAAUAGUUUUCGUCUUUCUUUUUACAGUCUUGAGAAUGUCGGUCGAAUAAGUGAACAUAGAAUGCGUCUUCUAAGAACUUCAUAAACAGAAGAUUUUUUUCAUCGGAUGAGAAGUGAAUUAGUGGCCAACAACCGAUCAGUGUACGAUGUGUACGAAGAGAACAAAGUACAAAUAGGACCGAAGCUUAAUCCGAAAUGAAUGGCACCAACCAGACUGUGAACGAGAAACUCUUGAAAACGGUUGAAUUGGUUGUGGGCCUAAUGAGAAGACCAUUUACCAGAAGCUGAAUGGGCAUGCAACUCAAUUGGUAUUCUCGCGUUAAAAGUUUCCAUGAAUGGGACUGAGGUUCGAAGUCACAGUCUUCGUCGCCAAUGCCGAGAAAUGUGCCCAAUUCUCGAGGUAUGGUCAUUGAACUUCGAAUAGGGACGAGCUGCUAAGUGAUCCAUGCAACUUCGACCAUCAAAACAGUCCCAUUUACGAUUUCUGCGCAUCCAGCGUUCAUUAACGGUGACUUGGCUGCUCAUAUUGAGAUCCCUUUAUUUUUGCAGAACACUGAAGUUGUGUUCGUAAGUUUCCUAUAAUAGGUGUGCUUGUGUUGACUGUUCAGCUUGUUUAUUUGAUACUCUGAAGUAGCGUCCUACUGUCCUCCGACUUUAGUUUUCCUGGUCCACAGCCAGGAAUCUAAAUUUAACAACGGUUAGUAGACUAAAAUUCUCCCACGAUUUUCGCUGAGGGCACGAAGACAUACUGGGUUCCGUUUUAAGGCCAUGCGCAAGAGUUAUUCUGCUUUGAAACGCGGUUGCCCGACCCACUUAUUUCUUCAUUAUGAAGCAGUUGAACUGUGUACCUCUUCACUGGUCUCGAAGAAAACUACGCCUGCAGUGAGGUCUUAGUACUGUUUCGUUUUCCCUAUUGUUCGUUCAACUAUACCCUUCCAUUUGUUUUCGUCUUGAAUCAAAGGAAGUGUUCGGAAAUUGGGCGCUGCCCGCCCGAAAGCGCGGUCCCGGUGCUGACAUCCACCGCGCUUCACUUCAAUGUGAAUCAUGGUUUACAUAGAAAUUGCGCGUACUUCAAAGUGAUCCUCCAAAAAGAAAGUGUUCGUUUGUUAUGUCCUAGGUUACUUCUUGACAUUUGCUUUGUCUCUAUCUCUUUUUACUUAUUCGAAAGUCUAUCCCAGGUUUGUUCAAGGUUAUAUUGAGCGCAUACGAAGACCCUUCAUAGUGCGCCUUGUGUGACACCUGUUCAUUCGGUCUAUAUCGGAGGACGAAGUCAUCCGAGGCUGAAAUGCAUUUUUAGCUUUCCAAGAUUUGGCAUUGCGAUCCAACGAUUUCAUUCUGAUUCAAAAUUACUUUGCGUCUGCCUCCAUUUAUCAGACUUCGUAUUUCUUCCUAUUUUUUGAACUAUUUCUACUACAUUGGUUUUUAUGAAUACAACUUUGUCAACGAUAUUAGUUACUGUAUGCAACAUGCACUCCGGUUCGCAUGCCUAUCAAGCAGUUAUCUGAUGUUGCUUUCUCUUCGUACUCUUGGAAUAUCCUUAUUGAGUAAGGUACUCUCAAUUUAUCUGCCUCGUGUACUACGCGAGUCGGAGCUUUCCUCCUUACAUGUAUCCUAAUCGGUUCCAUCAUACAACUGCUAAAGGUCCCUAUCCCCAUUUAUUGUAUACUGAAUUUUCAUUCACCAGAAAACAUCUGUGUAUAAUUAGUGAGGGUCUUCCGCAGUCAUUUUUGACCUUAUUGUUUGAAAGCGUUUCGCAUGCAGAUAUUGUUUUUCCUGCUAUUAAGUCUAAGGUAUGCGUUAAGCUACGAUUAUGCCUUAUUUAUGGAUUAUACGCCAUAGUUUCAUUAAAUCAACUCCUGUACC